GCAGCACUGGUUUCUUACAGCCAUUUUUAUUGUGUCAGUUUUCAACAUGUUUGUUGUAAAUUGUGCAAAAACUGCGUUAAAUAAAGUUAUUGGUGAUUAAUUAAUAGGCUGGGAUUGUUUAGUUGGAUUAAGUAAAUUGUUUUAUAACCUUCGCGGUGUUAAAUAUGGUGAAUUAUUGGUGAAAACUGUUGUUAUUAAAUUUUAUAAACGGUUUGUUGUAUAGUUGCAAUUAAAUAAAAACUAUGUCUGUUCAUUACAAGUUUAAGUCUGCUUUGGAUUAUGAUACAGUUACUUUUGAUGGUUUACAUAUUUCGGUGAAAGAUUUGAAGAAUUCCAUUAUACAGCAGAAACGUAUUGGGAAAAGCACUGAUUUUGAUCUACAGGUUACUAAUGCUCAAACUAAGGAAGAAUACGAGGAUGAGAACGCGCUGAUACCCAAAAACACUUCGCUUUUGAUCGCCCGCAUUCCCAUCGCUGCCCAAAGCAAAAACAAGCAAUGGGAGGGCUACGGUGGAGAUUCCACUCCCCCCGCGAAAUUGGAGGACGGCGGUCCUAUGUCGAGGACCGCCGAUUUGUCGUGCCUAAAUGCCCCGGAAGACGAGAAAAUUAACGCGAUGAUGUCGCAAUCGACGCAGGACUACGACCCCAGCAAUUAUAUUAAAAUCAGAGGCGCCAACCAAGUGGGGCCGGUUCCCCCAAACUAUAGAUGCUAUAAAUGCCACCAAACAGGGCACUGGAUCAAGGACUGUCCUUUAGCACAAGGGAGUGAACCUAUUGAAAUAAAAAAGAGCACUGGUAUACCCAGAAGUUUUAUGGUCCCAGUGGAGGGUCCACAGGUUCCUGGAGCCAUGAUGACACCCAAUGGGUCCUAUGCUGUCCCAGUGCUUGAUCACCAGGCCUACAACGAAAAACCGGCACCUGCGCAAGCGCAGCAAGAAGACUCGAGCACGGAGAUCCCCGAAGAUCUCCUCUGCUCCAUAUGCCACGACCUCUUGACCGACGCGGUCAUGAUCCCGUGCUGCGGCAAUUCUUUCUGCGACGAGUGCAUUCGCAGCGCCUUGCUGGAGUCGGAGGACCACGAGUGUCCCGACUGCCGCGAAAAAGACAUCUCGCCCGGCACACUCAUCCCGAACAGGUUUUUAAGGACUUCGGUCGCCAAUUUCAAGAAUACCACCGGGUACGUGAAGAAACCCGUGUACAGGCCCAAGGUGGAGCAUCAGCAAGUCGAGCUGUCCAGGAAAAAUGUCACCCCGCCCCCUAAGCAAGAGCCGCCGGACGCGCAGAAACAGGACGCGGCCGAAGAGAAAACGGUCAUCAGCGAGGCUGAUUCGACCGAGCAGCACAAAAACGACGACGCGCAGACCGAGAUUAAAGAAGACGCGCGCGAACCCGCCAAAUCCACCGCCUCCUCGGACUCUCCGGCCGAAGGCCCGCCCGGGGUUUCCCCGAGGUCCUCGCCCAAGCCCCAGCCCAUCAGCAACAGGGUUUCGGGCUACACCCGCGACAGCAAAUCCAAACCUCAAAAGAGGGAAAGAGACGACCGUUCUCCGAGGAAACACCACAGAAGCAGCAGAAAAAGAUCCCCAGGUUAUAGGGAAUCAAGAAAUCCGGAAGAGCGUUCGGGUACUCCCACAAUUGACGAACCAGGUUCGGGAGGUUUCCCUCCCGAUAGAAUAUACAAUGCUCCUCCAGGUACCAUUCCCCCUCUUAUUGGGGGAAUGCAUCCUAUGCAGGGACCUCCGCCAAAUAUUCCAGGACCGUACCCGCCAGCUCAGGCGAUCGGCGGUUUCCCGCCGACCGCCGGGCCGCCUCCGAACUUCAGGUUGCCGCCGCCGGGGGCGGCGCCGCCGUACAUGGCGCAACCGGGUUUCCCCGGCGGUCCGAGACCUCUAUUCGACAAUUCCAGGCCGCCAAUCGCCGGCCCGCCUCCCAAUUACAAUCCGAAUUAUCCGCCCGGCUCGAGACCGCACCACGGGAGGGAUUACGGGAGAAGGGGGAUCAGGGAGAGAACUCCACCUGGCAUAAUCGACGACCCGUUGGCGGCCUUCAACCGCAUGCUGCGCGAGAAGGACGAGCGCGAGCGGCGCAACAAGGCGCGCGCCCUGAGGCGCAGCUACAGCCGCUCGCGGUCGCGCAGCAGGUCGUACAGCCGAUCGCCGCCCCCGAUGCGGCGCAAGCGCAGCCGCAGCCCGCGCAGGAGAGGCUCCAGAAGCAGGUCCAGAUCCUUCUCCAUGAGCCGACGCUACGAAAGAGACGAGCGCUCUUUCCGCGACAAGGAGCGACAACGCGACAACCGGUCGCGCGACCGCGACCGCUUCUACGACGACCGCUACGACGACAGGCGCGGCGGAGAGAGGGGCGUCGUAAGGAGCGGUGGUCAGCAAUGGAACCACCCCUCGUCGAGGGGCGGGCCUGCGUUGCCGCACCACCAGCAGCCGCCGGUGGCGCCGCUGCAUCCAGAUAUGGGCGGCGGCGCCGGGUACCAUCCCGGCUACCAUCAGGAUAUGGUCGGAUUUUCUAACAGGUACGCGCCACGCGACUACGGCCCGCAAAACAUCGCGCCUAUGCCUCCGAUGCACCUCCCGCCUCAGCGACGCUUCGACGACACAAUAGCGCCGCCCGGGGUCGAGGAACCGCCCGUUCCCGGCCUGGAGAACUCCCCGCCCCCCUUCGACCGCUACCAGCAGAAACCAGCGCCGGAGAACAGCGCGCCGAGCGAGGAUAAAAGACCGUUGGAGAGGAGAGACAAGAGUAGCGAUAACAGAAGGCGACGGCACGAAAGGAGGAGUAGAUCGUUGGAGAGAGGUGGCAACAAAAGUUCGCCCAAAAAGAGGUCUAAAUCGCGGGAACGCGAAAAAGACAGUCCGGAUAAGCACAAGAAGAAAAAACGCGACGAUUCCAAGGAGGAGUUGAGCGAUGACGAGAGGUCCAAGAAGAAGAGCAAGGAUAAGAAGAAGAAGAGGGACAAAAAGGAUUCCGAGAAGAAGCGGAAGAAGGAGAAGCACCACCAUAAAGACAAGAAGCCGAAAGAGGAGUUCAAACAGGUGAUAAUCAAGAAGAAGGACGAUGAGGUUGAAGAGGAAAAGAAAGCGACGACUCCUAAGGAAUUGACGCCGGAGAGGUUGGAGGCGACGCCGAAAAAAACGGAGCUUUACGAUGACAUCGAUCGGAGUGUUAUGGAAAGUUACGACAAAGCGGAGGAAACAGCGGAAAUAAAGGAGGCGGAAGUUCAAUCUGAAGAACCCGAAGAGGGCGAGAUCUCGAACACGUUCGAGGAAGGCGACGAGUCCGAGAAGGACGUGUUGGAGCUGCACUCGAGCGAUAUGGACUUGAAAGUGGAGCUGGAUAAGAACGAGGUGCUGGCGCCUGUCCCGGAAAAAUCCAAGUGGGAGUGCGAGGAGGAAGGUUCGUAUUCAAAUGCAAGUCCUAAAGAUUCCAGCAGGUUCGAUUCGAAGACGGACAAGUCCGGCAAAGUGACCAAUGAGGUGUUGAAGCGCGCGGAGAACGCGAUUUUCGCUAAAGCGAUCAACGCGAUUCGUCCGAUCGAGAUCAAAAAGAUCAGUUCGGAUCGGGUGAAGUUGUAUUCGGGAGAGCAUGACUCGAUGGAGCUGAGUAAGGAGGAAAUAAUAGCUCCGAUUGUUGCAGAAGCGGAAGUGAAGACGCCGGCGCCGAGAGUUUCGGUGAAGGAACGACUAGGGGUGAAAGUUGCGGACGAUGGGGGAGAUCGCGUGGUGAAAAUGGGGCGGAACAGGUCGAGAAGCGCGUCGCCGUUCAGGAGGCGCGGUUCUCAGGGUUCGAACAGGCACCGAAGGUCCAGAUCGCGGCACAGGAAUCCUCCCAGAGAACAGCAACACUCUGCCAGACGUACGGAUCGCGAUCGCGAAACGCGACGCGAAGAUCCGAGGAAACCCGAGCGGAAAUCCGAUGCCAACUCGCGAUCGAAGCAAAGGGAAAAGUCGAAACCCGUAGCGCCGGAAAAGAGAAAACGGUCGCGCAGUAAAACACCAAGCGCCGACGAGCAAAAAGCGAAGAAAAAAGAUAAAAAACACAAGAAAGAGAAAGACGCCAAGCCGAAGACAGAAGAUGAGGAGCAAAAACUUAAGCAGACCGUCGAGAAGCGCAAAGCAACGAUAGACGAAUCGAGUUUCGAGCCAGAUUACGAUCUGGAAUCCGAGUCGGAUAAAGAUGAGUCAUCGAAAAAACCCGAGGCUAAAAAAGAGAAGGUGGAGGAGAAGUCUUCGAGCUCCGAUUCGGACUCUUCCAGCAGCUCGGAAGACCGGAAGAAGAGGAAGCACAAAAAGCACCGGAAGAAGAAGCGGAAGGAUUCUAGCUCGAGCAGUUCGGAAUCGGAGAGCGAUUCGAGCGAGGACGAGAAGCAAAAACGGAAAAAACACAAGAAAAAGCAGAAGAAAAGGAAGAAGUCAAAGCAUAAAUAGCACAGACAAAAGGUGCUUAAAAAGUUACUGUCGUUUAUCGCCGUUUAGGUUUUUUUUUGUAUAUAGCUUGUCUAUUUACUGGAGAUGUAGCAAACAAAACAUUGUGUUGUAAUGUAAUUAUUAU